AUGAGCCAGGCCGAGCUGUCCACCUGCUCGGCGCCGCAGACGCAGCGCAUCUUCCAGGAGGCCGUGCGCAAGGGCAACACGCAGGAACUGCAGUCGCUGCUGCAGAACAUGACCAACUGCGAGUUCAACGUGAACUCGUUCGGGCCCGAGGGCCAGACGGCGCUGCACCAGUCGGUCAUCGACGGCAACCUGGAGCUCGUGAAGCUGCUGGUCAAGUUCGGCGCCGACAUCCGCCUGGCCAACCGCGACGGCUGGAGCGCGCUGCACAUCGCCGCGUUCGGCGGCCACCAGGACAUCGUGCUCUAUCUCAUCACCAAGGCCAAGUACGCGGGCAGCGGCCGGUGA